AGGAAAGCGCCGUCCCCCCCGUCAGUCUGGUGUCCGAGGUGAAAGUUGUGAGGAAGCGGGAAAUGGAAACAUGGAUCGGACCUGGAGUCUGGUUGUGUGUUUGGGCUUUGGGUUUCUUUCUGUGCCUGUUUCGUCUCAGGAUGCGGCCGGGACGUUGUUCCUUAUCUCAGGUCCAGAAUCGGUGCGCGCUGGGACGCCUACUUCACUCGCUGUCACUGUCUUAUCAGACCUUCCCAGUCGGGUGACGGCUGAACUCACACAUGGCGACACCAGCGUAGCCCAGACAGAGGACUCUCAAGGAGGUAUGACCAAGGUCCUCACACUCCCUGCUGUUUCGGGCUCUUCUGUAACCCAUAAUUCCCUCUUAAACUUGACGGUGAGAGGCUACGUGGGGGGCAGUGCCGUUUUCACCAACACCACCGCCGUCAGAUUCCACCACAGGAACGUCUUCACCUUCGUGCAGACGGACAGAACCCACUACCAACCGGGCGACACCGUCAGAGUCCGGAUCGUCUCCGUCCAGCUCGAUAACCGUCCAUACAAAGGCAGAGUGGAGAUCACUGUGCAGGAUCACGGUGGGAACGUUGUCAACAAUUGGGAGUCAGCGGGGAAUCGGGGGAUUGUGUUGCGGGAUUUCAGUUUGUCCCACGCAGCUCCUCUUGGACUGUGGACGAUCUCGACGACGAUCAACGGCGUGACCGAUGAGAAAAACUUCGUUGUGGAGCAUCACGAUCAUCCUCAGUUUGAAGUGAUCGUGAAGACACAGUCGCGGGUCCUCGUUGGAGACGACAUGUCGGGAUCGGUCAGAGCACUUUACCCCAGUGGACAACCUGUGCGGGGAACAUUAACCGUCUCAGUCGCUCUGGCGCCAGAUAUGGACGACGCAGCCGCUGCAGACAAACUCACACAAAGCAAAGACAUCUAUGGGUCCACACAGUUUUUCUUCAGCAAAGAUCAACUUGAAUCUCUUCACCCUUCAUCGGGACUUCACAGCGACUGCCGUGUGCACGUCGUUACCUCUGUUACCAGCAACUUUACAGGACUUGCGUUGAACAGAACAGUCGAGGUCCACCUCACGCAGAACAUGUACCAGCUCGCGUUCCACGGUUUUCCGCCUUCACUCAGGCCGUCUUUGCACUUCUCUACAAAACUCAGGGUCUCCAGAUACGACCAGAAGCCUCUGAGCUCACAGGAUCGGAUGUACCUGGCCGUGGUCGAAGUCACUCAGAUAAAAUCUACGACGAACGCGGAGCCGGCGACGCUGACGUUCUCAGUGCCCGAGGAUGGGGACGUCCACGUUGAGAUUCAGUUACAGGAUCAUGUGGAGAUGCUUUUUAUUCUGGCCAGAUUCCAAUCAAGCGAGGAGACGCUGAGGGUCCAUAACAAGGACAUUUCUCCUAGUAGCUCAUAUAUUCAGAUAAUCCCAAUCACAACAUUACCUGCACAGGUUGGAUUACCUUUGCAAAUCGUUGUGGAGAGCACGUUUGAACCAGAUGCCCUUCACUUUGUGGUGAGCGCGAAAGGUCAGGUGCUGAGGGCCGGAACGUUCAAUUCCCUCUCUUUUUCUCUGACUCCGACACUGUCCUGGUCCCCCGAGGCCUGCGUCACCGUGUACUGCAUCCUCUCCAGCGGGGAGGUCACCAGUGACACAGUACACGUACCCAUCGAACAACACAACCACAUAUCGGUCAUGUGGAGCACCCAGCAGGCCCAGCCGUUCGAUCAGGUGACGCUCAGUCUAACUGCUCUUGAACCUGAAUCCCAGGUUGGAAUCGUGGUCAUGGGGAUGCACGAUGAUAAACCUCCGGAGGUCGACCUCGCCUUAAAAGAGAAGCAGAGUUGUUGUAUUUGGAUGCUGACCAGGACCAAACUUUAUAAGCAGGAGCAGUCAGAUGUUCCCGAAAAUGGUGAUGUUCUAAUGGUGGAGAAGUACUGGAGCCACUGGAUGGAUACCACGGAGUCCUUGCUGUGGAUAGACACGGAUCUAAGUGAUGAAACGUGGACAAGUGGGAAAAUCACAGUGCCAGAUGUUGUCACUGCUCUGGGAGCUGUGGCACUGGUCAUGUCAGACAGCCUGGGUUUGGGCUUCACUCCUGUGCCACUUCAGCUGACUGUGUCCAAAGGGUGCUCCAUGUCCUUGCAUGUCCCAUCGUACCUCAUAAGGGGAGAGGAGAUUGUGCUGGAGGUCAACAUCAUCAACCACUUGGAGCGCGAACUGGAAGUCAUCGUGUUUAUUGCUCCGAGUAAAGAGUUCGAGUUUGUUUUGGGAGCGAGCGGGGACGUUUCUGUCGUAAACGCCCAAAUCCUCACGUUAAAGAGUCACGACUCGGCCUCGGCGCUCUUCCCCAUAAGGCCUGUAGCUCUGGGCGAUGCUGAGAUAUCCGUGGACGCCGUUUGUGCGCAGACUACGGACAACCUCGUGUGGAGCGUGUCAGUGAAGCCUGAGGGAGUGGAACAGUUGUCCUCGGAGACUAUAUUCCUGGAGCUGCCACCAGAUAAGCAAGAAAAAUCCAACUCUGUCUCCUUCCACUUUCCAGCAGAUGUGGUUCCGGGCAGCCAGCGUGCAUAUGUGGCACUGGUUGGCGAUAUCUUGGGCCUGUCCCUCAGUCACCUGGACUCACUGGUGCAGCUGCCUCUCGGUUGUGGGGAGCAGAACAUGAUCCGCUUUGCUCCCAGUGUUUUUGUUCUCCAGUAUCUGGAUAAGCCCGGUCUGGAUGAUGAGGAGAUCAGGAAAAUGGCUCUGGGUUAUAUGAUGGAAGGUUAUCAGAGACAGCUGUCCUUCCAACGAGACGACGGUUCAUUCAGUGCAUUUGGAGCCAGCGACUCCUCUGGCAGCACGUGGCUGACGGCGUUCGUGCUGCGCUGCUUCAUCCAAGCUCGAUCAUACAUGACGAUAGACAACAGUGUCCUCACCAGAGCCAUGAUGUGGCUCCUGGGACAACAGGGGCCACAGGGAGAGUUCACCGAGGUGGGCAGCUUGAUCCACACGGAGACUCAGGGAGCACUGGACCGUGGUUCAGUGGCGCUCACUGCGUAUGUACUGAUAGCGCUGCUGGAGGACGACACCUAUGUGAACGUGUACCCGGGCAACGUGUCCAUGGCUCAAACGUACCUGGAGGGCAAAGUGUCCAGCGGGGUGGUCGGUAACUACAGCCUGUGUUUGGUGGCGUACGCUUUAGCUCUGGCCAACAGUCCUGCGACUGACGCGGCCCUGUCUGCGCUCAUGGGAAGAGCAGAUUAUGCAGAUGGAGUUAUGAUGUGGGCGUCCUCUGCCGGCCUGACUUCACGUGACGGGCAGCCGUACGCGCUGCAGAUCGAGAUGGUUUCCUACGUGCUGCUGACUCUGUACAAGCGCGGUAACUUAGUGGACGGCUUUGUGCUCCUGAAGUGGCUGAGUAAGCAGAGGAAUCACCUGGGAGGCUACGGGUCAACACAGGACACAGUGGUUGCUCUCCAAGCUCUGUCUUACUACGCAGCAUUCAGCGGCGCCAGCGCCAUCAACCUCCAGCUGGAAGUGUCGGCUCCAGAAUCCUCCUUCGCCUCCGUGUUCUCCAUCAACUACACCAACUACAGGACGUAUCAAAGCCUCGAGCUCAUCGAUUACAGCGGGGGUCUUCUCAACAUACACAUGGAAGGCAGAGGAUUUGCUCUGUUUCAGAUGAACAUGUUUUACAACGUGAACCUGAAUCACACCUCGGACGAGGAGGCGUUCUCGCUGCAUGUCGGCGUUUCUGAAGAAGACCACGAUCACAUUCUACUACGUAUAUGCAUGAGAUUAAAGGACAGACAGGUGAUAUCUCACACAGGUAUGGCCAUACUGGACGUGGGCAUACUCAGUGGUUUCAGGCUUCCCCCCACAGCUGCUGCCCCAACGGAUCUCAUCAGGAGGGUGGAGAUACAUCCUGAGAAGAUUAGCCUGUACCUGGAUUCAGUUACCAAGUCCGAGGUUUGCCUCACACUUCCUUUCAUACGAAACUACAAAGUAGCCCGCGUGCAGGACGCCGCAGUGCACCUCUAUGACUAUUAUGAGCCUCAGAGAGAAGCAUGGAGAACGUACACCUCGGAGUUUCUUCACAACAUGGACGUGUGCUCUUUCUGUGGUCCGAACUGUGACCGCUGCAGACCCGGAGUCCCCAUUUCGGUCUCGCACCCCCUCACGUCGCGCUCGGGGAACAGUGCCACCUGCAGCCUGAGUUGCUUAUUGUUUGCGGUCACUUUUUUUCUAAAUUGAAAUCUGAAUACACAGAUUUCUAUUCUUCUUACUCUUUCUUGACAAAUGAUUGUAACAUUUAGACCUAUACACCUAUACAAUUCAGUUAUAACAUGUAUAUAUAUAUAUAUAUAUUUUUUUUAAUUGGAUUAUUAAAAACAACAUAUAUAUAAAACCCAGAGAAUUAAACGGUG